AUGAGCUUGACUCGCGAUGUUAGCCUUUCCAGGAGCGUUCAUAAACUCUUUACUGCGGACAUCAAUGGCCCUCUCAAAAGCUCUAAGGUCGAGUCGACUUUUGACUUCGAGAGCCCUCGUUCCGGCAGCGAUUAUAUGCUGCGAUCACAUGCAUUCGCGUUUCUCAAGAACAUCAUCGGAUGGAUUGACAGUUCGGGAAAUCUGAUAGAGGGAGAAUAUCCAGAAUUGAAGUCGUUGUUCAACAGCAUCAACGGCAAAACCCCGUCUUCUGUGGAUUCCCAGUCCUUCUUCUCGCUGAAGACAUCGUCGACUCCUGGACCUCAAGCGAUUCCGGAUGGUGAAGAGUUCAAGCUCGACAAAGACCAUGGUGAAAAAGCAGUCGCUGUUUCGAGUCCGAACAAGAAAGAGACAGCCAAACAUGCUAAAACCAAAGCGACACGAGAAAGCAGCAAUGAACACUCCGUACGAGAGACAGACCGCGGACAUUAUAUGUCCGCGACACUCCACGACGGAACGCUUGUGGUACCCAGUUUCAAGCUCUCUCGCAAUAUGGCUAAAGGGAUUGGUGAAAGCUUCAGUGCCUUCUUGCAAGUCAUAUCACAGUGGCGAACGCAAGCUCUUGACGACCUUAGGCAAGAGCAUCACAGAGAGCCUUUGUUAGUAUACGUCUUCCCAAGAGCAGUUGAGAACUUCUUUGAGAUCGAAGUCUUCCGCAAAAGCCCCGAUUGGUUCGUACAGGCCAUGACCCGCUAUAGGUUGUACCAUACGCCUUCGACAGCAGACAAUUUGUAUGUCAACUUCAAACCUUUGCCUGAGACUGCCAUGCAUCAAAAUCAACUGGACAUCUGGAANAGGGCAUUACUGAAUACCUUCAGAUACGGUUUGAGCAAUCACAUUGGGGUUGUGGAUAAGGCAGGUGUCUUGCGAAAGAGUAAGCAACCAUCUAUCAAUGGAUUCCUCUACGAUCUCAAAACACUCACCAAUCUCUAUCUGGGUGCCAGCACUGAGAUUAAGGAAAGUCCGAGAGAAAGAUAUAUACCACCAAGCCCGAUCGAUACGAGACAGGCAGAAGAAGAUCCUGAAGCUCCAAAAGUCUCGAUGUACGAACAGAUCGAGAACGUCAUGAAGUUGGCGGGUGAUCUAUAUGACGUGAGCACAAUGCUCAAUGAGGAAAUCUCGAACGCUCCGUCGCACCAGAACGGAAGCCCCGUGCUCGAUCACGUCGAUGCAAGCUGGCUCAACGAACCAAAUCCGGUCUUGAAGACUCGCAAACAUGGCCAAAUAAACAUCGAUGCUGUCAAAGGAGCGAUCUCGCUGCUCAAAGCUCGCCUUCGUGAUCACGAGGACAAAGCUCAUAUCCUAGAUUCUCUGUGUAGAAGAUGGAAAGGAAAGCUGGAGGUAGAAUACCCACUCAUGAACCGGGAAUCUGUGUCGCAAAGUGGUAUUCACAACCUAGCAUUCCCGCGCUCUGGGCCUUCUAAACCCAAAAGUCCUGUUACUGAGGAAAAAACUCCCGCAGACCCUCAGGAGCCAGCAAAAUCCCCCAAGAUCAGACACACACACAGUCCUGACAGAAAAUAUGACGAUGACGACGACGGAUUCUCUAUCUUCGCCCUCUGA